GAUUUUUCCUGUUAAAUUGUCACAAAUUGCGCGUCAAAUUUCUGAUUUUUGAUCUCGAAGAUAAGAAAAAAUUUUAAAUUAAUUUUUAAAUUUUUCACAAAAAAUGCCGCUUUUUUCUAAGAAACCAAAAGAGAAAAAAGAAAAAGAAGGCCUGCCGCAACAAAGCAGCUACCCCAGGCAAGCUGCACCAUCAACUUUCCAGCCCCAACAGCCCCCCUACAGUGCUGGCUAUCCCCCUCAACAACCCCCCUUCAAUGCGGGGUAUCCACCACAACCACCCUAUAACACCGGGUACCUGUACAGCCCACAACCACCCCCACCAUAUUCUGCUGAGCCCUGCCAGCAGUCGUAUGCAGCGCCCGUGCAAGCUGUCCCACCACCCACUGUUGUGGUGCACGGGGGCUUCGACGCCGGGGCCAGAUUUGACGGCAACACCCCGGCCAGGAUCCCCAAUAAUAAUAGCAGUUACGAUAAUGAUACCAAUUGCCAGCCACCACCGCCUGGAGCCUUCUACCACCCGGCACAGGCCGCAGCCGCUGCAGGCUGCCAGGUGCAGAUAUCGCAACAGAACGCUGGCUACUUUACCGGCGGUUCCGAUGGCGCGACGAUCUUUUACAACAUCAACAACAUCGAAAUCAACAUCAUCAACUACAACAGCAUCAACAACAACAUCAUCAACAACAACAGCAACAACAACAUUAUCAGCAACUACAACAUCUGCAACAACAACAUCAGCAACAACAAAAAAUAA